CGGCAGCGGCGGCGGCGGUGGAAAACGUCCUCCGACUGCGGCGUGUGUGAGUGUGUGUGCGCACGUGUGACGCACGUAGGACGGGGGAGUAGUAUCGCUAUAGUAGUAGUACUAGUAGGUAGCGUGCGUGUGAGCGCGCGCGACUGUGUAGACCAGCGGCUAACGUUAGAGUUCGUCAUCUCUGUGAGCGACAGCGGCAGCGCGUUACUGUAGCAGUCCGACUCACGGCCGCUCUCGCUGCACACGCGCUCGCAAUACGCGCGCACGUACACACAUGUGGUCUCUAAAUAGGUUGUGUUUGUGAGUUGGCGAUAAACAGUACGAAGGACGGCGGACCGUGUACAGAGUGUAGUGUAGUGUAGUGUAAGUCUGUGUGUGUGUCCGCGCGCGCGCGCGCGUGUGUGUAUGUGUGUGUGUGCAUACAUACACAGCAAGCACAGAUAAUAUCACUUGGAUUACGGCCGCUAGCCACGCUCGGCGGCCAGUGAACAUGUAUCAGGCGUACGACGAACCGGCGGCGAUGUCGGCCGGCUACCCGGGCGCCAUGGACAUGCCGACGUCGUCGGCGAUGUACGGAGAUCCGCACGGACAUCGGCAGCACGUCGGCCACGGUCAGCACCUCAACCACACGCCGCACCACUUACCUCACCAUCACCAGUAUCCGAGUCAUGCGAGCAACCACAACCCGGCGUCGCAUAGUGUUAUGGGCAGCGUGCCUGACGUCGAUAAGCGCAGUAAGGACUAUAUCUACGGGCAUCCGCUCUUCCCGCUGCUGGCGCUCAUAUUUGAGAAGUGCGAGCUGGCGACGUGCACCCCGCGGGAGCCGGGAGUCGCCGGCGGCGACGUCUGCUCGUCGGAAUCCUUCAACGAGGACAUCGCCGUCUUCGCUAAACAGAUAAGACAAGAGAGACCGUACUAUACGUCGAACGCCGAGCUGGAUAGUUUGGUGCACGAACUGUGUGAUAACUUCUGCCAAAGGUACAUCAACUGUCUCAAGGGCAAGAUGCCCAUCGACCUGAGAGUAUUCUGUGGCGUGGCAGCGAGGGGCGACACGGGUAUAGAGCUAAGCUGUGAGAUGCGAGUUCGUACCGGUCCAUGA